CGCCGCGUAUAAAAGUUGCCGGCCGGCUAGCGUCCAUCAUCAGUUAGAAGCUUGGAGCUUUGUAGAGCAGCCAAAGAGAGAAAGAGGCAGCAAGAGAAAGGGCAUAAAAUACAAUAACAAAUCGCAGAAAAAAUUACAAUUGAAUAUUGUUUAUAAAGUUUGACACAAUUCGAAAGGAUAAAGGCAGCAAAAAAUUAUUUACAAUGGCAGAGUUAGCUAAGCGCAGUGAGACGCUGCUGGACGAGCCGGCUGAGGUCGUAGAUUGCGACAUUGACUUCGAGGAUGUGGCAGAGCAGCCCCAAUCCUCGCAAGCGCCUGUGCAGAAGAGCGGCAAGCUCAUCAAGAAGGCCAUCAAGAAGGCGUAUAAGGCGCAGCGCAUGCUGCAGCAAGCCAUGGAUCAGCUGGCUGCCGAACGGGCCAAGGACCAAAGAGCUCAGGUCAAGGAGGCCAAGAAGCUGAAGAAGCAGCAGAAGAAGCAGAACAAGAAGGCCAAGAAGCAGCAAAAGGAGCAGCAGGUUCAGCAGUCCAACCAGAACAUGGAGCAGAAUGAGCAGAAUGAGCAGCCACGUACGCGCUCUAACAGCGUCAGCUCCACGUCCAGCUCCUCGAGCUCAUCGAGCUCCUCGUCCAGCUCGUCGAGUAGCUCGGGCUCCGGCUCGGACCAUAACUUUGGCCGCCAUGGCUGCCAUGGCUGGGGCCGCAAGUGGGCUGGACGCCAUGGUCAUCAUCAUGGCCGCAGAGAUCGUUCCAGAUCUCGUUCGCACAGCCGCUCCGAUGACCGCUGGCGCCGGCAUGGACAUCAUGGCCAUAGGCACGGUCUUGGUCCACAUCACUUCGGACCGCAUCAUUUUGGACCGCAUCAUUUUGGACCGCAUCACUUCGGACCACAUCAUUUUAUGGCGCGUGGCGGCUUCGGUGGUUGCCCCUGGCCCGUGUGGGAACACCAGCAGUUUUUUCGGAACGGCGGCCUGCCGUGGGCCCUGGAGACGAGCACGGCAUGGCCGAGAAACCGAUCGAGAUCUAGGUCGCGUUCGGUUUCGCGCGGCAGAGGUGGUGGACAUCACAGCAUUGGACACAAGCGAUCCGGACACGGACACGGACAUGGCCACAAGGGUCGUCACCAUGAGCGUCGAGUGAAUCGCUCUAGCUCCAGUUCGAGCUCCAGCUCUAGCUCCAGUUCCAGUUCUGGCUCCAGCUCCAGUUCCAGUUCUGGCAGCGACAAGGAACGGGGUCUUCGACAUGGACACGGUCACCAUCGUGGCCCUCAUCAUUGGCCACACCACGGUCCGCAUCAUGGUCCGCAUCACGGACCAUAUCAUGGCCCGCAUCAUGGCCCGCAUCAUGGCCCACACCAUGGAAGACAUCAUGGGCCACAUCAUGGACCGCAUCCUGGACGGCAUCAUGGGCCACAUCAUUGGCCACACCAUGGUCCUCAUUUUGGCCCACCAGCUGGCCCACCUGGACCACCAGCUUUUGGCCCACCGCCCUGCGGUCGCCCCAGCCGCUCACGCUCGCGGUCCCCUUGCAAGGAUGGCAAAUCAGCUGAGCGUCCGGUGAGUCCAUCUCGCGAUACUUCGAAAUCUGGGCAUCACAAGCACGGCAAUCACGAGAAACACGGCAGACACGAGAAGCAUGGCAAGCACGGAAAGCACGGAAAGCACGGCAAACAUGGCAAGCAUGGAAAACAUGGUGGGGGCAAGGACAAGCACGGACCGAAUCGGGAAGGUUUCGCACACGACGAAUUUGGUCCUUGGAAUAGGUUUUAUUAAAUUAACUAUGCCCUUAAUUGGGCAUUGAAUACAAUUUCUAUUUACAUUUCGCAUAUAUCUACAAUUUAUCUUCAAUCUAUUCCCAAAAAAUAACAAACAAAAAAAAAAAAACAACAAACGAAAGAAAAAAAAAACUAAAGCGAACAAAAAAAAAAAAAUUAAAAUAAUAAGAAGUAUUACACAAACUUUAUAAAAAUUCCAACCAAGUAAAAUUUCAUGUAAACGUAUAUCAAAAUAAAUACAUAUUGUAAAACCAAAGCAAAUAAUAGAGU